AUGAAACCAAACUUGAAACAAUGGAAACAACUCAUGCUCUUUGGAAUAUUUGCGUGGGGGCUCCUCUUUUUGGUGAUUUUUAUCUACUUCACUGACAGCCACCCUGCUGAACCUGUACCCAGUUCCUUUUCUUUCCUAGAGACCAAAAGACUGCUGCCCAUCCAGGGGAAGCAGAGGGCCAUCAUGGGAGCCAUGCAUGAACCCUCCUUUGCUGAAAACAUGGCCGGUUACAAGAUGCUGCCUGACAGAGACCUGUCAGACUCUGUGGACUUGGGGCCUGGAGACCUGCAGAGAUGGGCCCACAUGAAAGAUGGAUUUGAAAAUGAAGAUGAGUUUUUUUCAUCCCAGAUCGGGAGAAAAUCCCAAAGUGCUUUCUAUCAGGGGGAUGAUGACUACUUUUUUGCUGCUGGUCAGCAAGGGCCCCACAGCCACAUUCAGGACAUGUUGCCAUUCCUUUCCCACAGGGAGCAAGCCCAGAGGGAGGGUGUUUUGUCGGUGCAUCACAUGAGGAGAAGGCGGAUGAAGAAAAGGCACACAAAACAGAAAAGAAGCCACGUGUUUGAGGAGGGUGACGACUGGGACAAACUAUAUUCCACCAUGUCCAGGGCCUUUCUGUACCGGCUUUGGAAGGGAAAUGUCUCUUCCAAAAUGUUGAACCCACGCCUCCAAAAAGCGAUGAAAGAUUACCUCAACACCAACAAGCAUGGGGUGCACUUCCGGGGCAAACGGGAGGCGAGGCUGAGCCGAGAAGAGCUGCUGUGUGAGCUCCGGAGCAGGGUGCACGUGCGGACUCUGGACGGGAAGGAGGCACCCUUCUCUAUGCUGGGGUGGGAAAAGCAUGUCCCAGCUGUGCCCUUGAGCCAGCUGUACCCCCACGGCCUACAGAGCUGUGCCGUCGUCAUGUCAGCGGGUGCAAUCCUGAACUCUUCCUUGGGCAAAGAAAUAGAUUCUCAUGAUGCAGUUUUGAGAUUUAACUCUGCUCCUACACGUGGUUAUGAGAAAGAUGUUGGAAAUAAAACCACCGUGCGCAUCAUUAAUUCCCAGAUCCUGACUAACCCCAACCAUCACUUCACUGACAGUUCAUUGUAUAAAGACGUCAUUUUGGUGGCAUGGGACCCUGCUCCUUAUUCUGCAAAUCUUAACCUUUGGUAUAAGAAGCCAGACUACAACCUGUUCACUCCAUAUAUUCAGCAUCGUCAGAGAAACCCAAAUCAGCCAUUUUAUAUUCUUCAUCCUAAAUUUAUAUGGCAGCUUUGGGACAUUAUCCAGGAGAACACUAAGGAGAAGAUUCAGCCCAACCCACCAUCUUCAGGAUUCAUCGGAAUCCUCAUCAUGAUGUCCAUGUGCCGAGAAGUGCAUGUGUAUGAAUAUAUCCCGUCCAUUCGGCAGACAGAACUUUGUCACUAUCAUGAGCUGUACUACGAUGCAGCCUGCACACUUGGGGCAUACCACCCAUUGCUCUACGAGAAGCUCCUUGUGCAGCGCAUGAACAUGGGGGGCCAGGAGGAUCUGCAUCGGAAGGGGAAGGUGACCCUGCCGGGGCUCUGGGCCGUAAGCUGUCCUGCACCCAACUCCAUUCCACACUAUUAA